UCUUAAAUUAAAGAAAAGCAAAUAGAAUGGAAUUAAGAGUUGGCAACAAAUAUAGACUCUCUCGAAAACUUGGGAGCGGAGCUUUUGGUGACAUCUACCAUGGAAUGAACAUUAAGACUAAUGAAGAAGUGGCUAUUAAGUUGGAGCCAGUCAGGUCCAAGCAUCCGCAACUCCUUUACGAAACAAAGCUAUAUAGAAUUCUUCAGGGUGGAGUCGGAAUUCCUAACGUCCAUUGGUACGGAGUCGAAGGAGAUUAUAAUGUGAUGGUUAUUGACUUGCUAGGACCAUCACUGGAAGACCUAUUCAACUAUUGUAAGAGGAAGUUUAGUACUAAGACUGUCCUGAUGCUUGCGGAUCAAAUGAUCCAAAGAAUUGAGUAUGUUCACUCACGCCAUUUCCUUCACAGAGAUAUUAAGCCAGACAACUUCCUGAUUGGUAUUGGGAAGAAGCAACACUAUGUCUACAUUAUUGAUUUCGGAUUGGCCAAGAGAUACAGGGAACCUAGAACAGGAGAGCAUAUUCCUUAUAAGGACGGUAAAAACUUGACUGGGACUGCCAGAUAUGCAUCAGUCAAUACACACUUAGGAAUUGAACAAUCAAGGAGAGAUGAUUUUGAAUCCUUGGGAUUUGUCCUAAUGUAUUUCAUGAGAGGCUCACUUCCUUGGCAAGGACUUCCUGCUAAGACCAAGAAGGAGAAGUAUGAGAAAAUUAGAGACAAGAAAUUAGCCACUACUGUUAAAAGUCUCUGAAAGGGGCAUUCAGACGAAUUCUCGCAGUAUAUGGAUUACGUUCGCAACCUAAAAUUUGAGGAUAGACCAGAUGCCCAGUUGCUUAGGAAACUUUUCAAAGAUCUCUUUUACAGGCUAGGCCAUGAAUAUGACUUCGUUUUUGACUGGAUGGUCAAAAAGACCUCUGUCACAACAAAAGCUGCUGCAAAAGAGGAAGAAGGAGAAGGAGACGAAGAAGAGAAAAGAGAGUAAUUAAUAAAAAAUAGAUUAAUGUAGGCUAAUUCUAAUAAAACUUCUAC